AUGUCCUACGAAAGCCUCUCUCCUCUCUCGAUUUCCUCCGAUACUAUUGCCUUAGGUAGACGUCAGGACGAGCCUUUACCAACCCACAGAUUCCAGAUUACUGGUUUCGCCGUUGACGACUCUCCGAAGCACGAUAUCAUCGCCAACCACUAUGAAAACGGUGAAACCGUUCUUCACCUGCCACUUCGAGAGGACUCCGGGAAAAGAUCGAAGCUCACCCAAGCCCAUCAAAAGUCUAUGGCACUGGCGGGGGCUGCUACAUGGGCUGUCUAUGCGGACAACGCCAACCACAAGAUGGAUGACUUCAUCGGUUUUGCUGAGACUGAACAUGCGGCCAACUUUUACUACCGGAUCAUUCCGGAGAUCAAGGGGUUCGGAACUAAUUACGAGACUGUUGAUAUUUGCGGUGGAAUGGCAUCAUACUUGUAA